AGAUCCUUAAUUUUGUACAGUUUUGUUAUUUUUUCCUUUUCUCUUUGUCAAUUGAUAUAUUUUAUCUAACCAUGUCUAAAGUCAUUGCUUCAAACAUCCCAUCGUCUAUCUCGUCAGAUAAGAUCAAGGAGUUCUUCUCCUUCUGUGGAACCGUCGAUAAAAUUGAGCCACUUUUAAAUAACGGGGAAUAUAAACGUGUUGAAAUUACUUUUGCUUCCGAGAAGGCUGUUGACACUGCUCUUCUUUUGAAUGAUGCCGAAUUUGGAGGUGCUUAUAUCCAAGUUGAUCCCGUCCAUCCAAUAAGUUCACCAUCUAGCGUUGCCCAAACACCAUCUACCAGUAAACUGGGCACGUUGGAGGAUGUUCCGCAAGAGGACAAGCCAAAGUAUGCCAUUAUGGCCCAAUUGUUGGCUGAGGGGUAUGUUUUGCUGGACAAAAUCAUUGCCAAGGCAAUUGAGUUAGAUAAACAACGAGGAAUCCUGUCUCAAUUUAAGGACUUUGUCGUUGAUUUGGACAAGAGAUAUGUUCAUUUCCAUGAUCCAGAAAGUCAGGCUUCCAAGAAUUUGAAAUUGGCCCAGGAAAAGGCUCAGGCAAGAGCCAAUGAUUUACAAGGAAUUUAUGAAAGUAAGGUUAAACAUUAUUUGGUUGCUGCUGCUAAUCAUCCUUUGGGAGUUAAGAUUCAUGAUUUCUAUAAAGGUAUAAGUUCUGAUGUUUUGGAUGUUCAUGCUGAAGCCAAGAGAUUGGCUGAUUUGAAGAAGGCUACAGUUACAGGAAGUGCAACUACCAAUCCUCCUGCUGCUGCAUCUGAAGGUGCCCCUCCUUAUACCGUGGGUACUAGUCCUGAAAGUCUUGCUGCAGCAGCAGCUGCCACAGAUGAAAAGAAGAAGUAGAGAGAAGACGAACAUGGCGAGGAUGACAAAGAAGAAGAAGAGGAGAGGAGGAUGAGAAGAGAAGAAGAAGUAGAGAGAAACAGGGAGUGAUUUAGUUUUUGUGUAUGAUAUGCCAUAUGAGUUAUUUUUGUAUAGAUGGUGGUUAGUUUAUUGUUAUGGAUGUAAUUAGUUUUGUCACGAGUUAGCUGUGUAGAGAUGCAACUUGUACUAGCGCGCGCUACCACCAAUGGAAGCACACUGCAAAAACCACGAAAAAGAAUAGCUUAAGCGUGUAUAACAGUAAGAGGAAAACGGUUAACAUUUGUUGAACUGUUAGGUUAAUAU